AUGGCUCGCUUUUUCACAAAUAUGAGAAUGAACAUGAACGUAAAGCACGAAGAUUCAUUUUUUCACUCAAUUGGUAUUAAUAUGGCCGCGAACCCUGGAGGUGCCCAAGCCGUCGUCCACUUACUCCGAGAGAUCUACAAUCCGAUGUUGUACGAUUGUCUUUCAAAAGGAGGCCAUUGGAAUUCAGUAUUCACAGUUCUCGCUCAUGCUCCAGAUCGAGUGGACCUCACCGAGCGUCUAUUCGAUCUUCUUCGAUUUUACCGCUUCACUGAUGCUACAUGGAGAGCCGUAGAUCCAACUUAUCCUGUUGUUGACCCCGUUCCUGUUGUCCCUCUCCCUGCUGCUCCAGGCGGCCUUGCCCCUCACCCUCCGGCAGCACUUACUCCUCCUCCUAUUAUUCCUCUCACUUUUACCACUGCUCCAGAUCUUCAUCCUGCUACUCCUACUGCUGAUACUCCUAUCCCUCCUGCUUUUUCUAAUGCUCCUAUUCCUAUUGCUCGUGUUCCUCUCCGUACUCCUGCCCCUAUUGCUAGUACUCCUAUUCCUCCUGCUUUUUAUGAUGCUUCUAUUCCUAUUGCUCGUGUUCCUCUUCGUACUCCUGCUCCUACUGCUGCUCGUGCUCGUGCUCGUGCUCGUGCUCGCGCUCGUGGUGCUGCCCGCCCUACUGCCCCUACUCUCGCUCCUGGUCCAGCCUUUGCCCCCGCUCCUCCCCCCGCUCCUGCCCCUGCGCUUGCUCCCACUCCCGCUCCUCCUGCUGCUCCUGCCCGUCCUACUUCCCUUGCCCCUACUCUCGCUCCUGGUCCCGCCCUUUCUUCCGCUCCUCCCCCCGUUCCUGCCCCUACGCUUGGCCCCGCUCCCACUCGUGCUCGUGCUCCUGCCCGUCCUACUGCCCCUACCCCUACUCUCACUCCCGCCCCCGCCCCCGCCAUUUCCCCCGCUCCUACUGCUCCUCCCCCCGCUCCUGCUCCCACCCCGAUUCCUAUUCGCGCUCGUACUCCUGCCCCUUCCCCUAUUCCAGCGCCUAUUCCCGCCCCUGCCCCCGCUCCUACUCCUGCCCUUGUUCCCGCUUGUGUUCCUGGACGUCUUCUUGCCCCUGCCCCUACUCCUAGAUUCACACCUGCUUUUGCUGCUGCUUUCGCUGCUGAUCGGGCUGCUGCGGAGGCAAUUGCUAGAGAUGCCGGUGCGGAUUCUGGUAAUGCUCCUACUGGUAACACUCCUCUUAUUCUUACUGAUGACGCCCCUGACCGUACCCCUUCUCCUGGAAUCAGUCCUGCCUUUCGUACUGACUAUGUCCCUGCCCGUGCCCCUUCUCGUUCAAUUAGUCCUACUUUCGCUGCAGCUUUGAUUGCUGCUAUCGCUGCAGAUGACGCUGCCGAUCGGGCUGCUGCCGAAGCAGUUGCUAGGGAUGCCGGUGCGGAUUCUGGUAAUGCUCCUAUUAGUGAGAUAUCUCCUCUUUAUCUUUCUGGUUAUGUCCCUGUCGGGGCCCCUUAUCCUGGAAUCACUCCUGCUUUCACUGCUGAUGAGGCUGUUACGGAGGCAAUUGCUGGCGAUGCCGGUACGGAUUCUGGUAAUGCUCCUACUACUGACACAACUACUCUCAUUCUUACUGAUGAUUUUCCUGCCCCUAGCCCCAUUCCUGCUCAUGUUCCUCUCAUUCCCCCUGGUGUUGGUAUAGAUCCGGAUCUUCCUCUCGUGAUUGCACCGGAAGUUCUUCACUGUCCUCUCCCGGGUAGCCCACAACCUGGAUACUAUGUGCCGGUUCCUGCGGAAGUUCCAUCUCCGCCUUGCACUGGGCUAGAUGCUUUCACACGUACUACGGAACGUACUAAUCGCAAACGGGCUGGAGAUGACCCAGGGGAUUCAGAGACUGCCCCGCCUCAAAAGAAGAGAUCGACCGAUGCUAACACGCCAAAGGAGAAGACCGAAUGGACUAUGACUCGUCUUCAGAAUGAUUCACGAAGCCUGGAUGCUGAUGGCGAUACUCCGAUGGACGAAAACUAUACGGCUUUUAAGGUUAAGAAUAAGGAAGUUGAACCAGGGCCUGGCGUGUGGUCUACGAUGCGAGAUUAUCUUGGUCGUAUAGGCCGCCAACCUGCUCCAGAAGAACCGGAUGAGGAGCUCUAG